AUGCAUUCUCCAUAUGCACCCAAUAUAACAUGUGCGAAACGAGGAAGCAUUAAAUGCUUGUCCCUCGCACUACUGAUGUAUUUUCUUUAUACGACAUUUAUGUGUAUAAACUAUAUAGAUAAAAACUUCGAAUGGAAUUAUAAAUCCGAUGAAGCAAAAGUAGUACCAUUUAUAUUGUCGGCUCGUGCAGCACUUAUAAAAGCAAAGGGUGAAGGAACAUUUUGGAGUAGAAAAUAUGCUUAUCCUUAUUUUUUGAACAAUAGAAGUGUAUAUUACAAGAAAAAUGGAAGGGAUACUUGUUUACAUAGCAGAAAAUGUAGUGGUUAUCGAAAUACAAGAGAAGGAAAAGAUGAAACAAUUAGAAAAAUAAAAAGAAUUUUAAAAGUUACUAAGUUAUUAAUUCAAUUAAACAGUUUUAAAUUAACUCCAAAUAUGAGGAUGGAUUUACUAAUAAAUUUACCGAGACCACAUGUACGUGUACAUAUGGUUAAGAACACUUUAAUGAAAUUAGCUGUACAAAAAACGCCCUUUGAAGCCAUUAUACCUUACUUAAAAGAAAGUAACAUGUACAUGUUUAUAAUGAACGAGAAUUACAUAUCCUUUACGCUGUACGGGAAUAAAAUGUUCAGUUCUUUAUAUAAAGAAUACAAAACUAACAACUUUAUAAAGCUAUCGGUAUUUGAAAAUACAAUUUUAAACAAAACAGAAACAGAAAAUUUGAUAAACCUAAAAUCAUACAGUUAUUACUUUGGUCAUGUAGUAAACAGAAUUAAUAAAAUCAUAAGUGAUAUACCCACUUCUAUUAUGCAAAUUCCGGCCUCCAUAGCUCGGGGAAUUUAUUUACACACUCAGAAGGAAAAAGACACUUGA